UGCUGCCGGAAGUUAGCCAGCGUACGGCGAACAAGGAUAACGAGGGUAAAUAUAUAUUUAUACACUAAUAAAUCAUGUUAUAGCUUCUUUUUCCUUUUAGUAAAACCAAAAAAAAAACCUCAAAAGUACCUUCCGGAAUGGGAAUCGAAACUAGAUUGGCUCGAUCCUGAUAAAAAAACCGAAUUCUCCGGGUUCUGUGAUUUUUGCAAGGUAGAAAUCAAAUGUAACGGAGGAAUAACCGAUUUACAAUCCCACGCCAAGACAAACAAGCACAUCACGCGAGCCGCAGAGCGGAAGUCGAACGCACAGAAAAAAUUGACGCCGUUCGUGAAUACCAGUUUCCAGAACAAGGUGCGCAACUCUGAAAUGGUGCUUUGUGCUUGGGGGGCGGCCAACAACCAAUCCAUGACGCAGCUGGAAUCUUUCGCGGCAAUCCUGCCUAAAAUAUGCCCCGAUUCGCAAAUUGCGAAAACCAUGCAAUUAGGGCGAACGAAAGCCUCUGCGAUCGUUGUCAACGUUUUGGGAGAAGGUUAUCAUGAGGAUCUAUCUACACACCUUCAGACAACGCCAUUCGGCCUGGUUGCAGACGAAUCCACUGAUAUCGCGGGCAAAAAAACGCUCGCACUGAUAGUCAGAACGCAUGUGUGGAUUAACGAAGAUCGCUUCGAAAUCCGAGAUCAAUUCUACGACCUGAUUGAAGUUGUUGAAACAGAUGCCGAUUCAUUGUACGAUCACGUUGUGCGAAGUUUUGCGGAGGACAAUAUCCCCUACACUGAACUUCUGAAAGCGUUUGCUGCAGAUGGAGCGAACAACGUGACGGGGAAGAACAAAUCACUUGGCGCGCACUUGAAACGGGAUUGCGAAUCACUGUUUCAACUAAAAUGCACGUGUCACAGCAUGGCGCUGGCGGCUUCUUACGCAUGCAGAAACAUCCCCAGCAACGUGGAGCAAAUGUGUCGGGACGUUUAUUCGUACUUAAGUGCGAGCCCGCUCAGGACGAGUCGAUUUGAUGAGAUUCAAGUAUUGUUGGACUACAAGCCGGCAAAAAUGCUGCACCCCAGCGCCACUCGUUGGCUAUCAUUAGAAGCGGUUGUCAACAGAAUCUUGGACAGGUACGAGCCGCUGCAGUUGUACUUCAAAUUUUUGGUAAGCGUUGACGAGGUGGAAACACCUAAAGUGCUUAGCAUAUUGGAAACGCUGGAAACGCCAACUACAAAACUAUACCUUCUUUUCUUGUCGUAUGCCUUGUCUUUGGUGAACAAGUUAAACAAACUAUUCCAAAGUGAAACACCAGAGCUGUACAAGCUCCAUUCUGCCUUCUCGCGUUUAUUCAAAUCUCUUCUCAACAAUUUUGUUAAAGACGAUUAUGUGCGCAGUCUUGGAACGAAUCUAGGGGAUGUAGUGUUUCACGAGCGAAAUUAUGUUAAAUUGGAUGAAGUUUACCUUGGCGUGGAUGCACCAUUGCUGCUGAAUGAGCUGGUCGAGGGAAAUAAGAUUAGUCAGGAACAAAUAAUUAGUUUUAAGACAAAUGUGAUUAGCUUUUAUGAAACUCUUGCGCAACAGUUAUUACAACGCAUUAAUUUUAACGAUUCGGCUAUGAUUAACUUAACUAUAAUUGAUCCUAGGAAUGUAAUCGAUAGGAAACAUCAGUCGAUUCUGCCCUUACUCAAAAGUUUCCCCAACAUUGCUAAAAAAGAAGAUUAUCAAUCAGCUGAUAAUGAGUUUCGCGAGAUUCGGAACAUGGAUUUGAGGGAACUAAACAGCUGCGCUGGCGAUGCUGUUGAAUUUUGGAACGCAAUUUUGAGAACCGAGCUAGUUAACAAUGAAAAGUCUUUUCCGGUACUACGCAAACUGGUCCCAGUAUUUUUGAGUUUGCCCCAUUCCUCUGCUUCAGUUGAGCGUUUGUUUUCAGACUACAAUAAUAAUAAAACGAAACUAAGAAAUAGGAUGAAAACAAGCACAGUGCGCGGUGUUCUUGCGGCCAAGUCUAUGGUCAAAUAUAAUAGACAAAUGGAAUUCACACCGAACAUGACCCGACGCUUCAAUAACUCUAUGUAUCCUAAUGUAGAAGAAACAUAA